ACCACCGACAGUCUGACGACGACCCUCCAGGCUGCCAAUUACUCUGCCACGCCACUCGAGGGACUUCCUGAGCUGCUUCUUACUCCCCCUAUCUCGUGAGUAGCAGCAAAGAUGGCGUCCCAAACCCCCGCCGUUGUCAUGGACAACGGUACGGGCUACUCGAAACUAGGCUUCGCUGGAAACGACUCGCCAUCCUUCGUCUUCCCAACCGCGAUCGCAACGAAGAGCGCAGGAGGUGGAGCAGGAGGCUCGGGAUCAGGGAGGCCGGCGGUUGCGAACAAGCCCUCAUUUUUGACGGGAGGAGCCGGGCCAGGAGGGCAUCUGUCUGGGAAGCGCGGGACAGAGGAUCUGGACUUCUUCAUAGGCGAUGAGGCUCUCGCGGCUUCAUCUGGCCCAGGAUACGGACUCCAUUACCCUAUACGGCAUGGACAGAUAGAAAACUGGGAUCACAUGGAACGCUUUUGGUCGAACUCGAUAUUCAAGUAUCUACGGGUGGAGCCAGAGGAUCACCAUUUCCUUCUCACCGAGCCGCCACUUAACCCCCCGGAAAACCGCGAGAACACGGCCGAGAUUAUGUUUGAGUCGUUCAACUGCGCUGGUCUCUACAUAGCUGUUCAAGCUGUUCUCGCUCUCGCCGCCUCCUGGACAUCAUCCAAAGUCCAGGACCGAUCCUUAACCGGCACUGUCAUCGAUUCUGGUGAGGGUGUUACCCACGUCAUUCCAGUCGCGGAAGGCUAUGUGAUUGGCAGCUCCAUCAAGAGCAUUCCAAUCGCCGGUCGCGACAUCACCUACUUCGUGCAAUCCCUCCUCCGUGACCGCGGCGAGCCCGACUCGUCGCUGAAAACCGCGGAACGAAUUAAGGAGGAGUUCUGCUACGUCUGUCCCGACAUCGUCAAGGAGUUUUCUCGGUUCGACCGUGAGCCCGCGGACCGCUUCCGCAAGCACACCGUCUCGUACCCCAACGGCAAAACGGUUGAAGUCGACGUUGGCUACGAGCGCUUCCUCGCCCCCGAGAUUUUCUUCAAUCCCGAAAUCUAUAGCUCUGACUUCCUCACUCCUCUCCCCAACACCGUCGACACUGUCAUCCAGACGUCGCCAAUCGAUGUUCGACGCGGACUCUACAAGAACAUUGUGCUUUCUGGUGGCUCCACCCUCUACAAGGACUUUGGCCGGCGGUUGCAGCGCGACAUCCAGCACCUGGUCAAGACGCGCAUCUCAGCGUCGGAGGCAAGGAGUGGAGCAAAGAGUGGUGGGCUGGAUGUGCAAGUCAUCAGUCAUAAGCGGCAGAGACACGGCCCAUGGUUCGGUGGCAGCUUGCUGGGUCAGACACCGGAGUUUAAGAGUUAUUGCCAUACCAAGGCCGAGUACGACGAGAUUGGACCUAGCAUUGUACGAAGGUUUGCGUUGCUGGGCGGACCAGGGAGCACGUAAGUACGGAGUGGUCGAUUACGAAUCAAAGGAGAGGGAAGAGUAUUGCAAUAAAGUGGAAAAUGGUCCUUGGCGGAGCGCUUGCUAGAGAUCUUUUCGAACCGACGAUCGGUUUGGUGAGCAUGCAAGAGUCGAUAAAACGAACGAAACCACACUUGAAGUCU